AUGGCUAAGAAAGAAAAAACAGAGGCCACCUGUAAUCUUGGAAACACCUACAAGAUUGCCGAUGAGGUUGGGGAGACGACAGAGGAAAAAAAAGGGAACAGUAAUAUUGGCGAGGCCUAUGUCAACUUUAAAGAUUUCCAGAACUCCAUAAACUACCUUAAAAAGAGCCUCAAAUUUUUCAGACAAGUGGGCGACAGGGCAGGAGAAGGAAAAGCGUACUGUAAUCUUGGAAACGCCUAUUACGGUCUAGGAAAUUUCCAGAAAACCAUCGAGUACCAUGAACAACACCUAAAAAUUUCCAAAGAAUUGGGAGAUAGGGCAGGAGAAGGAAAAGCGUACAGUAAUCUUGGCAACGCCUAUGACAGUCUUGGAGAUUUCCAGAAAGCCAUAGAGUACCAUGAACGAGACCUCAAAAUUUCCAAAGAAGUGGGAGACAGGGCAGGAGAAGGAAGGGCGUACUGUAAUCUUGGCAACGCCUAUUACAGUCUUGGAGAUUUCCAAAAAGCCAUAGAGUACCAUGAACGAGACCUCCAAAUUUCCAAAGAAUUGGGAGACAGGGCAGGAGAAGGAAAACGUACUGUAAUCUUGGCAACGCCUAUUACAGCCUUGGAGAUUUCCAGAAAGCCAUGGAGUACCAUGAACGACACCUCAAAAUUUCCAAAGAAGUGGGAGACAGGGCAGGAGAAGGAAGGGCGUACUGUAAUCUUGGCAACGCCUAUGACAGUCUUGGAGAUUUCCAGAAAGCCAUAGAGUACCAUGAACGAGACCUCAAAAUUUCCAAAGAAGUGGGAGACAGGGCAGGAGAAGGAAGGGCGUACUGUAAUCUUGGCAACGCCUAUGACAGUAUUGGAGAUUUCCAGAAAGCCAUAGAGUACCAUGAACGACACCUUAAAAUUUCCAAAGAAGCGGGAGACAGGGCAGGAGAAGGAAGAGGGUACUGUAAUCUUGGCAACGCCUAUCACAGUCUUGGAGAUUUCCAGAAAGCCAUAGAGUACCAUGAACGAGACCUCAAAAUUUCCAAAGAAGUGGGAGACAGGGCAGGAGAAGGAAAAGCGUACUGUAAUCUUGGCAACGCCUAUGACAGUCUUGGAGAUUUCCAGAAAGCCAUAGAGUACCAUGAACGACACCUCAAAAUUUCCAAAGAAGUGGGAGACAGGGCAGGAGAAGGAAAUGCGUACUGUAAUCUUGGCAACGCCUAUGACAGUCUUGGAGAUUUCCAGAAAGCCAUAGAGUACCAUGAACGAGACCUCAAAAUUUCGAAAGAAGUGGGAGACAGGGCAGGAGAAGGAAAAGCGUACGGUAAUCUUGGCAACGCCUAUUACAGUCUUGGAGAUUUCCAGAAAGCCAUAGAGUACCAUGAACGAGACCUCAAAAUUUCCAAAGAAGUGGGAGACAGGGCAGGAGAAGGAAAAGCGUACUGUAAUCUUGGCAACGCCUAUGACAGUCUUGGAGAUUUCCAGAAAGCCAUAGAGUACCAUGAACGAGACCUCAAAAUUUCCAAAGAAGUGGGAGACAGGGCAGGAGAAGGAAAAGCGUACUGUAAUCUUGGCAACGCCUAUGACAGUCUUGGAGAUUUCCAGAAAGCCAUAGAGUACCAUGGACGAGGACCUCAAAAUUUCCAAAGAAGUGGGAGACAGGGCAGGGAAGGAAAAGCGUACUGUAAUCUUGGCAUUUUUUUUAAAAAGUCUUGGAGAUUUCCAGAAAGCCAUAGAGUACCAUGAACGACACCUCAAAAUUUCCAAAGAAGUGGGAGACAGGGCAGGAGAAGGAAGAGCGUACGGUAAUCUUGGCAACGCCUAUGACAGUCUUGGAGAUUUCCAGAAAGCCAUAGAGUACCAUGAACGAAACCUCAAAAUUUCCAAAGAAGUGAGAGACAGGGCAGGAGAAGGAAAAGCGUACUGUAAUCUUGGCAACGCCUAUCGCAGUCUUGGAGGUUUCCAGAAAGCUAUAGAAUACCAUGGACGACAUCUCAAAAUUUCCAAAGAAGUGGGAGACAGGGCAGGGAAGGAAAAGCGUACUGUAAUCUUGGCAACGCCUAUGACAGUCUUGGAGAUUUCAGAAAGCCAUAGAGUGCCAUGAACGAGGCCUCAAAAUUUCCAAAGAAGUGGGAGACAGGGCAGGAGAAGGAAGAGCGUACUGUAACCUUGGCAACGCCUAUCACAGUCUUGGAGAUUUUCAGAAAGCCAUAAAGUACACUGAACGACACCUCAAAUUUUUCAAAGAAGUGGGAGACAGGGCAGGAGAAGGAAAAGCGUGCGGUAAUCUUGGCAACGCCUAUGAAAGUCUUGGAGAUUUCAGAAAGCCAUAGAGUACCAUGAACGAGACCUCAAAAUUUCCAAAGAAGUGGAAGACAGGGCAGGAGAAGGAAAAGCGUACUGUAAUCUUGGCAACGCCUAUCGCAGUCUUGGAGAUUUCCAGAAAGCCAUAGAGUACCAUGAACGACAUCUCAAAAUUUCCAAAGAAGUGGGAGACAGGGCAGGAGAAGGAAAAGCGUACAGGAAUCUUGGCAACGCCUAUGACAGUCUUGGAGAUUUCAGAAAGCCAUAGAGUACCAUGAACGACAUCUCAAAAUUUCCAAAGAAGUGGAGACAGGGCAGGAGAAGGAAAAGCGUACAGGAAUCUUGGCAGUACCAUAUGACAGUCUUGGAGUGGGAGACAGGGCAGGAGGAGGAAAAGCGUACUGUAAGACAGCCAUUUACUGUUAUAAAAACAGUGUCAUUGCCUACGACUAUAUCAGGGGAAAUCUCAUAUCUAAUGACGAAUGGAAGAUUAGUCUUCGGAGUACGUAUGAUAAUGUUAAUUUGAGGCUCUGGGGGCUACAGUUUUAGCAAGGUAAAGUCGUUGAGGCACUUUUAACUGCUGAUCAUGGACGCGCCCAAGCCUUAAAUGAUCUUCUGGAGUUUAAGUAUGGCUUUAAAGGGUUGUUUCGAGAAAUAGGAACAUUCUCAGGAACAAAACCUGACAUUCUUAAUUGCCUACCAUCAAAUACAGCUUUUAUAGGUAUUAACGAGGAAGGAAUAGUUCUCUGGGUAAACGAGAAAGGAAACGAAAUCAAAACUAGAAAAACUCAGAUCGAUAUCUCCGUCAAAACCUAUUUACAGUCGCUACUGGAGACUGCACUUGAAAAAAUGGGUGUGAGAACUGAUGUCAACUGUGAAGAUCGUUCAUUAAGGAACCCAAGCGAUAACAAGUUAGCAGAAAAAAGAUCCUGUCAGCCAAGGUCUCAUUCCUCAUCUUUUGAGCCAAAGUCAUUACAAACAUUUUACAAAGUUGUUAUGGACCCUAUAAGAGAGUUACUCCAAGGCGAUGAGGUUGUGGUUGUUCCACAAGGACCUCUUUGUUUGGCCCCCUAUGCGGCUUUCGUUGACUUGAAAUCUAAGUACCUCUGCGAAACUUUUAGAAUUCGCCUUCUUCCCUCACUUUCUAGUCUGCGAUUAAUCCAAAAUUGUCCAGCAGAUUGGCACAGCAACACUGGCGCUCUUCUCGUCGGCGAUCCGUGGGUACAGGAGGUAAUUUAUGAAGGAAUGAGGCUAGAGCAGUUAGCGUGGGCGGAAAAGGAAGUGAAGAUGAUUGGGGAAAUACUUCAAACUGAACCUCUCGUUGGAAAGCAUGCAACAAAAGAUAAAGUGUUAACACGUAUCUCCUCGGUUGCUCUGGUGCACAUUGCUGCUCACGGUAAAAUGGAAACAGGAGAAAUCGCCUUGGCCCCAAACACAACACGUUCAUCCGUGAAUCCAGCCAGGGAGGACUAUCUGUUAACGAUGAAAGAUGUUUUAAAGGCGCAGAUUAGGGCAAGACUUGUUGUACUCAGUUGUUGUCAUAGUGCCCGGGGAGAAGUCAAAUCUGAGGGUGUGGUCGGUAUUGCACGGGCAUUUUUAGGUGCUGGUGCUCGCUCUGUUCUGGUGUCGUUGUGGGCGAUCGACGACGAAGCUACUAUGGAGUUCAUGAAAGUUUUCUACCAACAACUAGUCCAUGGACGAAGUGCCAGUGAGUCUCUGAAUAAAGCCAUGAAAUCCAUGAGAGAAUCUGACCGCUUUAACGCAGUGAAGUACUGGGCGCCGUUUGUUCUCAUUGGUGACGACGUAACGCUCGAGUUUAAGGGCAUCAAUAAAUAG